AUGGCUCAUUCCAUAUGUAGUCAGUUGGUUGCUUUCCCUAAACUUGAAUGGUUAAUCAUCAGGGAUAUGCCCAACUGGGAGGAGUGGUCUUUUUUUGAAGAAGAAAUAGAAGCUGCUCUUAAUGAAAGGGGAGAGGAUGGAACUGCUGAGAUUCAGAAAGAGGAUGCCCCAUCUGCAAGAAUGCAACUGCUGCCUCGUUUGGUGAAGUUGAAACUUGAUGGUUGCCCAAAGUUGAGGGCCCUUCCGCUACAGCUUGGAGUGGACACUGCCGGAUUAAAGCACCUCGAACUAAUUGAAACAAACAACUUGAAGGCUGUGGAUGACCUCCCACUGCUCUCUGAGCUCCUUAUUAUUAAUAAAUGUGAAGGCCUGGAGAGACUCUCUAAUCUCCCUCAAGUGUCGGAGCUUCGUGUAAAUGGUUGUCCAAACUUAAGCCAUGUGGAUGGGUUGGACAGUGUGCGGCAGUUGUGGCUGGGUGAGGAUAUGGAAGAGAUCUCCUCUAGUUGGGUGCUUGGGCUUCAAAAGCAACACCGGCAGCUUCAUGACGAAGACCUGGAUGUUUACACGAUGUUUAGCAGUUAG